AUGACUUCUUUGCCUCCAAAUGACCCCGUUGCUAUUGUCCUUGACAAAAUCUCCGACCUCAAAGACGGGACAAAAGCCGCCGUCUCGCGCAUCGCAGAAAACAUCCCUGCACCGCCUGUCGAUAACGACCAGCUCCGGGAUCUUGGUGCAAAAGUGGCCUCUGGUAUCGACAAGACUGCAGCUUGGGUCUCAUCAGCUGCAGGCUCUGGUGUUCAGCUCAUCACAAACGUUGCAUCAAAGGGUAAACUCACCUUCCAAAACACCGUUCAGCAACAGCAACAGCCCCCUCCACCACCACUAAAAACCUCUAUAUUCUCUAUUAAUGCCGCCUGGACGGCCCUUUGGGACUGGGCUACAGCUAACAAGGCUCUUGCUGGUGCCCUUGCCGGUCUUAUUCUGACCGGAUCCGUUUACUACCUUUACCGCUUAAAUCUCGGGUACAUUGCGGGCCCCAGAGCACUCAAGUUCUGGCGCCGUCGUAGACUCGCUCGGAAGGCCCCCAACGGUGGCCGUUCUGAGGUUGUUGUCAUUGCUGGCUCUCCUGCUGAACCUCUCACCCGCACUAUCGCUGCCGAUCUGGCCCGCCGUGGUUACAUUGUCUACUGGACAACCUCAUCACCGGAAGAAGAAGAAAUCGUUGAACGUGAAGAAUCAGAAGACAUUCGACCCCUUCUUAUCUCCCCCAACGAUGUUGGUUCAGUCAGAGCUUCUAUCAAAGCUUUGGCAUCUGUUCUCAAUGUUCCAGCAACUGCCUUCCCAGGUGCUAUCCCUCAUAUGCUCACUCUAGCAGGUGUCAUUGUUGUCCCAGACUUGUACUACCCCACGGGUCCCGUCGAAAGCAUUUGCGUCGACGCAUGGUCCGAUCUCGUCAACUCAAAGAUUUUGGGUCCUAUCUUCCUUCUCUCAAAUGGUCUUCUUGAUCUUGUUCGUGCCCACGAAGCCCGCGUUUUGCUUCUCUCUCCCACAAUCAUGGGCUCUCUAACCCCAGGGUUCCACGCAGCCGAAAGUCUUGUUUCCGCAGCCCUUGAUGCUCUCUCGUUGGCUGUUUCCCGUGAACUGGCCUCUCAAGAUAUCCCCUUUGUCCAUAUCAAAAUGGGCUCUUUUGACGUCAGCCAUGGUGGCGCCGCACACCAUGCAGCCCGCGCAAAACAGCGCGAGCGAGCCGUCCAAAACCAGGUUCGCGCAGAUAUCCUUGCUUGGCCCGAUCACCUUCGCGCAAUUUACGCCCGCACUUAUCAAGCCGCAGCCACCGCUCUUCAGUCUGACUCGAGAAUUAGAGGUGAACCUUUGCGUCUAUUAAACUAUACCAUUUUUGAUGCUCUUAACGAUCACAGACCCUCGCGCGUUUACUACACUGGAAGAGGUGCUUAUACUUAUAGUGUACUUCCCAAGUUUAUUCCAGAAAACCUCAUGUCAUGGCUUUUAACUCCUAAAACCGGUAAUAUUGUUCUUUCUGAAAAAACUUGGGAGCAUCUUUAA